CUGUCCAUUAUUGAUAGGCGCCGGGCUGCAGAGUUGUUGGAAGGAGAACAGAGGAGGCUCCGCCCCCAGCGUCCCGUGGCCAUGACGACCGCCCAGCGGGACGCGCUGGUGUGGAAGCUCGCGGGGCUGCUGCGGGAGUCUGGCGAUGUGGUCCUGUCUGGCUGUAGCACUCUGAGCCUGCUGACUAGCACCCUGCAGCACCUGAACCACGUAUUUGAGCUGCACCUGGGGCCAUGGGGCCCUGGCCAGACGGGCUUUGUGGCCCUGCCCUCUCACCCCGCCGACUCCCCUGUCAUCCUCCAGCUUCAGUUCCUCUUCGAUGUGCUGCAGAAAACUCUGUCACUCAAGCUGGUCCAUGUCCCUGGUUCUGGCCUCCCAGGGCCCAUCAAGAUUUUUCCCUUCAAGUCCCUUCGGCAGCUGGAGCUCCGAGGUGUCCCCAUCCACUGCCUUCGUGGCCUCUGUGGCAUCUAUUCCCAGUUAGAGACCCUGAUUUGCAGCCGGAGCAUCCAGGCCUUAGAGGAGCUCCUCUCAGCCUGCGGUGGUGACCUCUGCUCUGCCCUGCCCUGGCUGGCUCUGCUCUCUGCCAACUUCAGCUACAAUGCACUGACGUCCUUAGAUAGCUCCCUGCGUCUCUUGUCAGCGCUGCGCUUCCUGAAUCUGAGCCACAAUCAAGUGCAGGACUGUGAGGGCUUCCUGAUGGACUUGUCUGAGCUCUGCCACCUGGACAUGUCCUAUAACCGCCUGCACACAGUGCCGAGAACAGGACCCUCGGGGGCCGCUCUGGGUACCCUGAUACUGCGAGGCAAUGAGCUCCGGAGCCUGCAGGGCCUGGAGCGGCUGAGGAACCUGCGGCACCUGGAUGUGGCGUACAACCUGCUAGAAGGACACAGGGAGCUGUCCCCGUUGUGUCUGCUGGCUGAGCUCCGCAAGCUCUACCUGGAGGGGAACCCUUUGUGGUUCCACCCUGCGCACCGAGUGGCCACUGCCCAGUACUUGUCACCACGCGUCAGGGACGCUGCAGCCAGUUUCCUUCUCGAUGGGAAAGUCUUGUCACUGACUGACUUUCAGGUCUCCUCCACACCCUCCAGCUCCACGGCUGCCCCUGCGCCCUGGCCAGCAGGGAGUACUGUUGAAACCUCAGGUGGCCCUGACCUGAGUGACAGCAUCUCCUCUGGGGGCGUUGUGGCCCAGCCCCCCCAUCGUAAGGUUAAGAGCCGAGUCCGUGUGAGGCGAGCAAGCAUCUCAGAACCUAGUGAUACGGACCCGGAGCCCCGUACUCUAGAGCCCUCCCCGGCUGGGCAGUUUGUGCAGCAGCAGCGGGAACUUGAACUCAUGAACAGCUUCCGCGAACGGUUUGGCUGUGACUGGCUACAGUAUAAGAAUCACCUGGAUAGCUCUGGGACCCCGGGUCUGGCCACCUCACAGACCCCUGCCCUCAGCACACUGUCCCCGGACACCCGGAGCCCGGGGUCUGUGCCCGGGCCCCCACCCCUGCACAGGGAGUCACCACAGGAAAUCACAGAGGAGGUCGGGCCACGGCCGGAGCCCCAGGAAGAAGAGGUGGCGGAGGAACUUGUGAAAGAGAAAGAAGGAAAAGAAGAAGAGGAGGAGGAGCAGGAGCAGAAUGAAGUAGAGGCGGAACUGUGUCGCCCCAUGUUGGUGUGUCCCCUGGAGGGGCCUGACAGUGUGCGCGGCAGGGAAUGCUUUCUCCGGGUCACCUCCAGCCACCUGUUUGAGGUGGAGCUCCAAGCGGCCCGGACCCUGGCACGGCUGGAGCUCCAGAGCCUUGAGGCGGCGGAGGUGGAGCCUGAGCCUCAGAGCGGGAGAGAGGAGGUGCUCACGGGCUCAGAGCCGCUCCCUGGGGCCCCUGUCCUUGUUCUGCGUUUCUCCUACAUUUGUCCUGACCGGCAGCUGCGUCGCUACGUGGUGCUGGAGCCCGAUGCCCACGCAGCUAUCCAGGAGCUGCUUGCUGUGUUGACCCAAGCAGCCACCGCGGCUCAGUGUCAGCUUGGGGAAGCGAGAGAGCCACUGAGGGGCAGGCUCCAGUGUCUGCGUUGUGGCCAUGAGUUCAAGCCAGAGGAGCCCAGGUUGGGAUUAGACAGUGAGGAAGGCUGGAGGCCUCUCUUCCAAGAGACAGAAUCUCCUGCUGUAUGUCCGAACUGUGGUAGCGACCAUGUGGUUCUCCUGGCUCUGUCUCUGGGAACCACCAGCAGGGAGCAUGGGCAGGGAGAGCAAUCGCCAGCUCUCUUGCAGUCCACCAGAGCUGUCCGUGACCCUCCUGGCCACAGUGACCACAGCGACAGGGCCGACCGGGCCUCACCUCAGGCACCGGCCUCCCGAGACCACCAGAGUUGGAGCCUCAGUCCCCCCCCUGAGCGCCACAGCCUCCGCUCUGUGGACCACCGACUCCGGCUCUUCCUGGACGUUGAGGUGUUCACCGAUGCCCAGGAGGAGUUCCAGUGCUACACCAAGGUGCCCCUGGCAUUGGCAGGCCACCCUGGGGAGUCUGUCUGUCUUGUGGUGGUGUCUGACCGCAGGCUUUAUGUGUUGAAAGUGACAGGGGAGAUAAGCGGGCCUCCAGCUAGCUGGCUACAGCUGGCCCUGGCUGUUCCCCUGCAUGACCUGAGUGGCCUCGAACUGGGGCUGGCAGGACAGAGUCUGCGGCUGGAGUGGGCUGCCGGGGCAGGCAGCGCCGUCCUGCUGCCCCGAGACGCCAGGCAUUGCCGGGCCUUCCUAGACGAGCUUACCGGUGUCUUGCAGGCUCUGCCUCCCACCUGGAGGAGCAGCGUCCGUGCCACAGAGGAGGAGGUGACCCCGGAGCACCGCCUCUGGCCUUUGCUGGAGAGAGACUCUUCCUCGGAGCCUCCCCUGUUCUUCUACCUUCGGGUGUUCCUGGUCGAAGGCCCUGCAACCUGCCCUGUGUCCCUGUUGAUGACUCUGUCCACCCUGUACCUGUUAGAGGAGGACCCUGUGGGGUCCCAGGCAGAACCUGCUCUUCCAGCAGCUUCUGGUGAAGCCUCUGAGAAGUGCCUGCCCUCGGGGCUGCACCCUUCUGUGCACGUCAGGGAGCAGUGGCCACUCAGCAGCCUGAGCUCCGUGCUGCUCUAUCGCACGGCCCCGGGGGACCUGCGGCUGGUCUUCUAUGAUGAGGUGUCCCGGCUGGAGAGUUUUUGGGCACUUCGGGUAGUGUGUCCCGAGCAGCUGACGGCCCUGUUGGCCUGGAUCCGGGAGCCCUGGGAGGAGUUGUUUUCCAUCGGACUCCGGACUGUGACCCAGGAGGCUCUAGAUCUUGACCGGUGAGGCUUCCCCGCCGACCCCGCCUUGGCCUUGGGAGCCACAGCUGCAGACACCAUCUCUCCAGACUCCGGCUGCGGACUUCUCCAGCCUUCGGACGCUCAGUGAGGCCCCAUAAUGACCCGGGAAAGGGUCGCCUCACCCAAGGGAAGGGUGAGAGAAGUUGCCUGGCCUGGCCCAAGGGGACAAGCUAAGUGGUCAGUGGGAACGUUUCUCCUGCACAUUUUCUCAGGUAUCAAUAAAAUCGUUUCCAUUCCAGAGGC